AUGAGGCAAAAUGGAUUCAGACGCAGUGGCAAGGCAUUCGUGAAACAAUCUCGCCAAUCUCUAUCAGGAGGCUUCCAUGCUUUCCUUCGAAGGCCAGAAGAUCCAAGGCGCCCAAAACAUUGUCGCCAAGCUGACUUCCCUUCCCUUCCGCCAGUGCCAACACUCCAUCACCACUGUCGAUUGCUUGCCCUCAGGCGUUGGCACCGACAUGCUCGUCUUCAUCAGCGACAACCUCCAUCUUACCACCGAACAACCGGUUUCCACCGAGCCUCCGUCGACGAUAUCGACGACCGUUUCCUCUGCCGCGGCGACGUCAACGCGACCGUCUGCCAUGGUUGUGUCGUCGCAGCAACAACCAACAUAACUCGCCUCUGUCCCAACGAUACCGAGUCCUACAUCUGGUACGACGAGUGUACGCUAAUCUACUCCAACAGCACCUUCAACAAUGAUGACAUAGUUCCCGGGAUUACCCUUAACGACGAAGGAAGCACCGUUAACUCAAAUAAGGACCACUUCAACCAAUUACUGUCGAACUUAUUAAACAGUUUGGAGGGAAAAGCUUUGGAGAGUUCCAUGGGAGAGAAGAAGUUCGCCGCAGGUGCGGUGAGUGUGACAACCGCGCAAACGCUGUAUGGAAUGGCCGCUGCAUGGCAAAGAUGA